AUGAUUUUCAGUUUUCUUUUUCACAGUUUGUGACUAGUCAGCGUGCGUGCGUCAUCGUAAUUUUAAUUGUGUGUUGUGUGCCUCGUGUUUCUUUUUUGACUUUUCUUUAGUUUUUCCUCGUUUUCUUCAAAGCUUAAGGAUUUUCACGGAUUCCCGACACUACAAGGAUAUCUUCGUCUUCGUUUCAAUUCAGUUUUUCCGAGGCGCGCACUGAACGAAGAAAAUCAAAAGAAGGCGUUCUACGCGUCAAUUUUCCGAUCCACCCGAUGUAAAAUACGACACAAAACGACUUUUUUUAAGACUGAUAGAAAAAUUUCGAGCUCAGCAAAAACGUAAUAUGAAGGAAGAAAUAUGCGCCGCGGCCAAAUUUUUUGCCUGUUUCCUGGAGAAAAGUGAAAAGGUGCCGAGGGAACAGUUGAGUAACUUUGAGAAACACCUAACGGAUCUUCUCAUUGAAAGGUUUGAGAAGCAUUGGUUCCCAGACUUGCCCAGCAAGGGCCAGGGUUACCGCUGUAUCCGUGUGAACGGCAUUACUCCAGUCGAUCUCACCCUGGAGACGGCCGCUAGUAAGAGCGGGCUCCGCUACAAGGACCUCAGACUGCCGACUGAGCUUACCGUGUGGGUGGAUCCUACGGAAGUUUGCUAUAGACUUGGCGAAUCUGAAGGUUCGUACUGUACCCUAGCAUCUUUCCCUCAUUCGGACGCCUCGUCGUUGUCCUCGUCGAAUCCGUCGUCGACCUCCUCGUCGCCUCGACCCCUCAGCCCUUCGUUUUCCUCGUCGCCUCGCAGCCCGGCCCUGUCGCCGUCGCCGCCCCAGGUCGUGCCCUUGAUGGACAGGCCCGCCGUCGGUCGGAGACAGGUCCACGCCCAUAGACAGAACAACGGUCAGUUGAUGGGACGGUCUCCGCCCAGCGGCGGAGCGUAUCAGGGUUUCGCCGAGUACAACAGUCCUCAGGCUAUGGGCAAGUUCAGGAAUCAGGGGUUCGUUGCUGGUAACGGAGGGGGAAGGCAGACUAGGCAAUCGCCAAGAGAGAUGAACUUCAACACCUUCAAUCACCCGCACCACAGGCCCAUGUACCCGCGUUGCGACGGACCGCCGUUCCCGAUGGCGCCACCUUUCUACAGAAACAUGAACUACAACAGAAACUAUCACAAAAACGUGCUUAGGGUAUAGGAGCAGCCGUAAGCCCCCUAGAGGGCUCACAUCCCCUCACAUUGUUGGGAGGAGUGGUUAAAAAUUUAGCUAGAUAUUGUAGGUUGUAGCCACUUCUCCUUCCAAUUGAAUAUUUUAGGCAUGCCGUUCGCACACCACAUGGUACAAGGUUUUAUAUUAAGGAUUACUCUGUAGAUUGGUUGGUGGAAAAGGUCUUUUUGCUAUGAUUUGCCUCUGCGCAAAAGCCUUUUCUUGCAACGCCAUUAUUCUACUAUUAUUUUUCUGUUGAGAGGGUCAAACCUUCACUUUCACUUGUUGUAGAUUAUGCUGUGUAGAAAAAAACUUAUUAUAAAUGUGAUUAUUAUUGAAUUGUUUGGCCUUUACAUAUAUUAUGUAGUUUCUCUUGUAAAUGUAAAAAAAAAAAAAUAUGUGUAAGGGGGCCCUGGAUUAUUCUUAAAGGCUCCCUGGUAACUGUCGAGGCUGAAAAACUAUAAAUGUGAUUUUUAUUUUAAAAAAACAAAGAGGGUAUUGUUCUCGAUGUUUUGUUGCUUUGUUUGUUUAGGUAUGUUUUUUUUUUUGGUAAAAAUCAUGGGUUAAUUUUUCUUAUUGUUGAUCUCUCAAAAAAAUAUAAACAGUUAUUCAGUUUCAUGUUUUUUACCAAAAAAAAAAACCUGUAAUAAUAAUUGUAGGCAACCAAAAAAUCCCCCCCUUGUUAAUUCUAGAGAGUGCUGUUUUUGUUGUGUAUGUCUUUAUCUGUUUGUUUUUUUUUUUGUAUAAAAAGGAUAUAUUUGCCUAUUAGUUUUUCGUAUUUAUCUGUGAUAUUAAUUGGAUGAUUUAAUUUUGAGUGGUACAUGACAAAAAGAGAAAACAGCCGCGCCCUCUAGAGCUUUAAUCCGGACUGUCAUUUGUUGUCCAAGAACCACGUAGUACAAAAAAAAGCGUUCUCAACUAUUUAGGGAAUAAGGUAAUUUUGUGGAGGGUUUUAACUCGACGCAGAAUUUUUUGUAUGGAUAUACAUACUAAUCUAAAAAAUUUUGAGGUAUUUUUAAUACUAGCUAUAAUCUAGUUUGAUAUAAAUAUAAAUGCAAUUUUGCAUUUUGAAUCUGAAAUAAACACCCAUGAAAGUCUGUGAUGGUCAAUUUUAGCCCUUACAACAACAAUUGGCUCAGGACUAAAAUAAUAGACUGGUAUUUUUUCAAAAUUAAAUUUAGCUAGUUAUAGAUGUCUCCAAGUGUAUAUAUAGGUUUUAUAAAAAAAAAUUGGGCCCCGAAUGAAAAGACUUAAACUUGAUCUAGUAUUUAAGAAAUUGAAAUGGUUUUUUGAUUGCCUACACUUUUCUCACUGUGCUUUACGUUUUUGUUUCAACAUUUCCCCCUGGCAUUUACAACAAUAUUAUCGAAAUUUUGAAACAAAAAUUAAUCAAUUUUUUUAAAACAUAAUUGAUGUUAAAUGUGUCAAAAGCAAAAUUAGAAUUAUCAACCUUGGAACGAAAUGAUCCUCUUUCGUUUUUUACUAAUUAAUCCUUUUUUUAUAUGUGAUAGUUAAACUUUAGGUUAUUUUAUCUGUCAGUUAAAAAUAACAAAGAGGAUGGUUUUCGUUAGCAGGGAUGCAAAACAAAAUAUUUUUUCAUAUUAAUUAUUAUUAUUGAGAAAAAUACUCUGCUUUUUUUCAAUAAUUGUACAUGUAUAUUAAAAAGAUUGUAAAUAUUUAUGUGUAGAGAUCCCAAUUUAUAUAGCUUUACUAAUGGAGGCGAAACAAAGCAGGGUAUUAAUUAUUGAGCAUAAGGACCUUUUUUAACCAUUGAUCUAUUUGUAAUCCUUUUUUAAACAAACAAAAAUAUUGUAUCCAGCACUUAUUUACUUUUUUUUUUGUUAUAUAAUUAAUUGUAAUACUUUCUAUUUUUUUUUUCUCUUAGGUUUAGUUUUGGUUUCAAAGACGCAUUUUAUAAUCAAGAUUUAUUAUUAUUUAAAUUUGUUGUAGUUAUUAUUAUGGUUUAAUUAACGAUCGCAGUUUGGUUUAUUUUGAGGCCGAAAAUUAAAUUUCCAACGAAAAAAAUCUAUAAGGCUCCAAUAGAGCUGACGAAGGCUGAAGUUUUUUUUUUUUUAAUAAAACACAAAAAUGGUCCAAACUUAUGACGAAAUAUCGCGAUGUCUCGUAAGUUGGUAAAUUUUAGGUCAUAAAGGUCUCUGUGAGACUGAGACUGGGAUUUAAAUAAUACCUUCUUUUUUUAGAUUUUUUUUUACAGUAAGGGUUUGGUGAUUUCAGAAAUAAAACGCUAAUUUUUUUAUAAACAUCCAUGUCCAUGAUACAGAAUACAUAGAAGGAUUUUUGUAUUAUAUAUUUUUUAUUAAAGUUUUACUUUUCUUUUGCAACAAAAUCUAGUUCUGUACAAGAGCACUUAUUUAACUAAGGUUUGGUUACUUUUCUUUAUAAUUGUUAAUAGUAACAAUCUAUUUGGAUAUACAUAUUUAAACAAAAAAAACUAACAGGGUGAUUUUAUAUAACAAAAUAUUUUGGUAAUUUCUUUUUUUAUUUUUAUUUUAAUAUCCAGCAGAUUUUUUUUUGGGGCAGCACACACGGCACAAGUCAAAUCAAAAUUGUCAAUUAGCUGACCAAAAAGGUGCAAUUCAUAUUUCAAAAAUGAACUAUUGUGAUAUUUACUAGUAUAAAAUUAUUGUAUAUAAAAAAAAACAGAGUCCAUUGGAAAAAAAAAAUACUGAUUUUUGUAGGCUCGCCAUAAAAAAUCUGCAACAAACUUUACUGUAGAAAAUAAUAUUAUUUGUAUAAUGAACAUUGUAUAUGUAUAGAAGAAAAUUAAUGAUUGUUCAGUGUAAUAUAUAAAAUACAUAUUUAAAAUAUAAUAAUGUUAAGCAGUGCAUUUAAAAU